GAAUAAGGAGAGCUCAAGAGAGCGUAUGGUAGGCAACAAUGUUCAGUUGCACUUAAGAUUUCGUUCAGUAUUGAGGUUCGGGAGUCGAAUAAAAAAAAAAAAAUCAAAAGGUUCGGGGCUGAGACAAUGCUACUUUUUGUUGAGGGCGCAAAUUAGCGUAGCAAACAGAGGUGAAGAAACUAACUCUGUCGUGACUCUGGACGAAAAUUUACCACGAUGAAGAUGAACAUAAAAAUGCCAAAGACGAUCGUUCGCUAUUUAUCAGUACUGGCAAUAUUAAGAGCAACUGCGAUCACGGCAAGUGAUAAUCAACACUAUCAACCACCAUUGGAAUGUUACGAUCCAUACGGAAGACCACAGCGCUGUAUACCCGAGUUCGAGAAUGCUGCAUAUCAGGUUGAAAUUGAAGCAACAAACACUUGUGGUGAAGAUGGAGUGACGAAUUUUUGUGUGCAAACUGGAUACUCGAAUCGGAAGAGUUGCGAUGAUUGUCGAGAGAAUCAACAUGCGCCACACUUUCUGACCGAUUUACACGAUCCGACCAACCCUACAUGGUGGCAAUCAGAAACCAUGUUCGAAGGAAUUCAAUAUCCGAACCAAGUCAAUCUAACGCUGAACCUUGGAAAGUCGUUUGAUAUUACGUAUAUUCGAAUUGUUUUCUACUCACCGCGUCCAGAAUCGUUCGCCAUUUACAAACGAGUAACACCAAAUGGCACGUGGACUCCAUAUCAGUACUACAGUGCUACUUGCCGUGACACCUAUGGUCUCCCCGAUUCUCUUUCGGUAAUGAAAGGAGAAGAUGAAUCUCGUGCAUUAUGUACCAGCGAGUACAGUGACAUUUCUCCUUUGCGUGAUGGCAAUAUAGCGUUCUCGUCGCUCGAAGGAAGGCCUAGUGCAAUAAACUUUGAGCACAGCCUAGAACUACAGCAAUGGGUCACUGCCACCGACAUUCGUAUAACGCUGGAUCGAUUGAACACCUUCGGAGAUGAAGUAUUUGGAGAUGCACAGGUGCUUCAAUCUUACUUCUACGCCAUUGCCGAUAUUGCAGUUGGCGCCAGGUGUAAAUGUAACGGCCAUGCAAGCGAAUGUAUCACAAGUACCAGCAAUAGUGGCCAGCGUGGUCGAGUAUGUAAAUGCCAGCACUUUACCGACGGACCUGAUUGUGAAAAAUGUUUACCUUUUUAUAACGAUGCUCCAUGGGGACGAGCCACAUCAAAGAAUGUACAUGAGUGCAAACCAUGUAACUGUAACGGAUAUUCAACCAAAUGCUUCUUCGACCGUCAACUGUACAAUUUAACUGGUCAUGGAGGUCACUGCAUUGAAUGUGGAGCUAAUCGUGAUGGGCCGAAUUGUGAGCGCUGCAAGGAAAAUUUCUACAUGCGUGAAGACGGGUACUGCAUCAAUUGUGGAUGUGAUUCAACUGGUUCCAGGUCGCUACAGUGCAAUGCAGAAGGAAAGUGCCAGUGUAAACCGGGAGUAACUGGAGAGAAGUGUGAUCGCUGUGAAAAUAACUUUUACAAUUUCGGACCCCAUGGUUGCCAACCUUGUAAUUGCGACGUGAGAGGAUCGUUCGAUAACACUCCUUCCUGUGAUCCUGUCAACGGGGUUUGCGCUUGUAAAGAAAAUGUAGAAGGAAGACACUGCCGCGAAUGCCGACCUGGAUACUUCAAUUUGGACCUAGAGAAUAAAUUUGGAUGUACUCCAUGUUUCUGUUAUGGUCACACCAGUGAAUGUACAAGUGCUGCCGGAUACUCUAUAGUAUCUACUACUUCUAAUUUCAACAAACACAAGGAAAAGUGGACAGCAGCUACUGCUAGUGGAACUGCUGUGGACAUUAAGUACAACUCAAAAGGACAAAGUAUAGGUGUUGGCGCUCAAGGGUACGAACCAACAUACUUCCUGGCUCCAGAUCGUUUCCUCGGAGACCAACGAGCAUCAUACAAUAAAGUUUUGAAAUUCCGAUUACAACUUGUUGGACAACCAAGACCAGAUGUGUCUACAUACGAUGUUAUACUUCAAGGAUCAAACAGCAGCAUAUCCCUCCCGAUAUUCGCUCAAAAUCAACAAAUGCCGGAUGAUGAAAUGAAGGAAUUUUCCUUUACGCUACAUGAACAUCCUGAAUAUUCGUGGCAACCGUCAAUGUCUGCAAGAGGGUUUAUGUCCAUUUUGAGUAAUCUCACUGCCAUUAAAAUAAGAGCUAUUUAUUCCGACUAUGGAGAAGCAUUUUUGGAUGAUGUCGAGCUUCAAACUGCACAUCGAGGAGCUGCUGGUCGUCCAGCCACUUGGAUUGAACAAUGUACUUGUCCUGAAGGAUAUUUAGGGCAAUUUUGCGAAUCAUGCGCACCCGGUUACAGACACAACCCUGCUUUGGGUGGACCAUUCAUGCCUUGCAUCCCUUGUGAUUGUAACAAACAUGCCGAGAUAUGCGACUCUGAAACGGGAAGGUGUAUCUGUCAGCAUAAUACUGCAGGCGAUACAUGCGAUCAAUGUGCCAAGGGAUAUUAUGGUAACGCUUUAGGAGGAACUCCAUAUGACUGCAAACGCUGUCCUUGUCCAAAUAAUGGAGCAUGUAUGCAAAUGGCGGACGAAUCUGUUAUAUGCCUUGAAUGUCCAGUUGGAUACUUUGGCCCCAGAUGUGAACUAUGUUCCGAUGGUUAUUACGGCGACCCUACUGGUGUGCACGGUGCCAUUCGAAUGUGCCAGUCAUGCGACUGUAAUGGCAAUGUUGAUCCAAACGCAGUUGGUAAUUGUAAUCGCACUACGGGCGAAUGCUUGAAAUGUAUUCACAAUACAGCUGGCGUCCACUGUGACCAAUGUUUACCAGGUCAUUUUGGAGAUCCUCUUGCGUUGCCGCAUGGAAACUGCGACCAAUGUAGUUGUUAUCCGAGAGGCACUGAACAAACAGACAAGGGCAUUUCCAUAUGUGAUCCCAAUAAUGGAAACUGUCAAUGUAAGCCCAAUGUAAUAGGCCGCAAUUGUAACGAAUGUAAAAAUGGUUUCUGGAAUUUAUACUCUGGAAAUGGGUGCGAAAAUUGCAAUUGCGAUCCAACGGGAAGCUUCAAUUCAUCGUGUGAUACAUUUAAUGGUCAAUGUUAUUGCAAACCAGGAGUUGUCGGCACAAAAUGCGAUAAAUGUGCAGUAGCUCACUACGGAUUUUCACCUGAAGGAUGCAACUCUUGUGACUGUGAUCCUAGUGGAUCGAAGGGUUCCCAGUGUGAUCAAUACGGACAGUGCCCAUGCAAUGACAAUGUAGAAGGAAGACGUUGUGAUCGUUGUAAAGAAAACAAGUAUGAUCGCCACCAAGGUUGUCUCGAUUGUCCGGCAUGCUAUAACUUAGUGCAAGAAGCAGCAAAUGAACACCGUCAAAAAUUGGCAGAUUUGAAUAAAAUUUUACAAGAUAUUCAAUCGAAACCGAUUGUCAUAGACGACAACGAAUUUGUUUCAAAACUUCGAGCUGUUCAAGAUAAAAUUGAUAUCUUAGUAGAAGAUGCAAAGAGUGGCUCAGGAGGAGGCGAAAAGACACUCAAUGAGAUGCUGCAAGAUUUGGAAAAACGAUUAGAAACCGUUAAGGAUUUACUCAACAAGGCUGAUCAAUCGCAAAAAAUGACGGAUUUGAAAAUAGGAAAAGGAACCAGCAAUGCAACAAUAGCAAAAAAUAAAAUACAAGAAGCUCGCAAAGAGCUCGACAAUGCAAUCGACUUGUUGCAAACGGAUGGAAAUGGAGCGUUGAACAGGGCACGGGACAUAUCUGGACGACUGGGCAAUCAAACCAACCAAAUCAGUGGAAUUUCUCGAGAAGCACGACAGUAUGCCGAUCAGUUUAAAAAAGAAGCAGAUGAGAACAAAAAAGAAGCAGAAGAAGCUCUUGACAAGGCCACUAAAGCGCAUAAUAUGGCAAAAAAUACAAUUAAUUUACAAUCCAACAUUAGCGAAGAGUUCCGAACGAAUAUUUCAACUGAAAUACAACAAGCUAAAGAUAAACUUAACACAGUUUCGAAGCUAACAGAACAAGCCUUAAUCAAAGCUAAUGAAGUAUAUGAUGAUGCCUUAUCACUUUUCGUAGCUGUCAACAACUUAUCUCCACCUAGCAUUGAUAUUGAUCACAUUAAAAAAGAGUCAAACAAAUAUAACAAGGAAGCAGACAAAAUAAAUGAUGAUUUGGAUUUAACAAUAGAGGACCAUAACAAUCUUUUGACUGACGUCAGCGACAACAUAGAACUUGCCCAUACGUUACUUGAGAGAGCCGAAUCGCAGAAGGAUGAUGCCAUAAGAGCUUUGCAGGAACUGGAAUUCGCAAGAGAACUAGCAGAAAAAGCUGUAGCUGAAGGAGAUGGAACCCUCAAGAAAGCCAACUUCACCUACCACACACUGUCAGGGUUCAAAAACCAAGUCGAAGAAUCUAAACAAAAAGCCGCAGAAGCCCUCGAAACUGUGCCCAGUAUUGAACGACAAAUUGAUAAUGCUAUAGAACUGAUUGCCAACUCAGAAGCAGCAUUGAGAAGCGCCAAUAUUAACGCUGCCGAAUCUCGUCAAAAUGCACAAACGGCUCAGAAGAAGUACGCCGAAGAAGCAUCCAAGCUUGCUGAUAACAUCAAGAAGAGAGCUAACACAACGAAAAACACUGCUCGUGAUUUAAGGCAUGAAGCCGACCAACUAAACGGCAGAUUAGCUAAAACAGAGAACAGUCUCUCAGAACGAGAAACGAAUAUUCGUAAAGAUUUCAACCUCACGAAAGAGGCAAAGGAGAAAGUUGGCCAAGCUCAGCUAAACUCAAACGAAGCUAAAUCUCAAGUUGAAAAGGCUAUGAAGGAUAUCAAGGCUAUCAUCGAUGAACUAGCUGAUUUACGCGAUAUUGACAUCCAAAGUCUGGACGAUCUAGAGAACCGUUUAAUGGCAGCUGAGAAAGAAUUGGAAGAUGCACAACUUACAAACAAGUUGCAUGUUUUGAACGAAUCUAAAAAUAUUCAGUCACAGAACAUCAAAAGCUAUCAACGUGAAUUAGCAGAACUGGAAAGCGAAGUGGCAAAUAUAAAAAUGAUCGCUGAUUCUUUACCUGAGCAUUGUUACAAAAGAACACGACUUGAACCAUAGACAACAUGUCAACUGAACUCCCGACCUGACGGAAGUAAAUAGCUGCCGCUUCAUCGACAUCCGUGUGCCCCUUCAUUAACGGUUUACACCAUUUGAAUUAAAUCAUGCAUUUAUGAAACCAACUAUGUGCCAACAGCGAACAAUAUAAUUUAAGAAAUAUAUUUUUAAACGAUGUGUGUUUAAACGAGAUAGUCAGAUAAUACUCCGUCACUCGUAUUUAAUCAAUACUAAAAUCCUUUGUAUGGUUUUGAAGUGCAGUUAUUCAAACCAAAAAUUCAAAUAAUGUAACAAACUUAUACAGUUACUUAAAUAUGAAAAUCAAAAUUGAUAAACAAAAUUAUAAAUGUUUUUGAAUACAGUAAACAUAUGAGUGCAUACAUAUAAUUGCAUAUUUGUACCAGUAAAGCAAAGUUUAAAUAAAAAAAAUCAUUAUUUAAUCAGUCAUGAUAGUCACGAGUAUGCAAUUAUAGGCAACAUA